AUGGACGACGAUGCCGACAUGAUAGACAAGCCCAAAAAGAAGAUACCGGUGAAGGUUCUUAGAUACUUCCCCAUUAUACCGAUAUUAAAGAGAUUGUAUCAAUCAACUGGGUUGGAUGAGCAGUUGAUAUGGCACGCGACGAACAAGAGUAAAGAUGGGAAGAUACGUCAACCUUCAGAUUCUUUGGCUUGGAAGUACAUAGACAAAAGAUUUCCCGCAUUUGCUUCAGAUGAGCGUAAUCUGCGUCUUGGGCUUGCUGUUGAUGGAUUCAAUCCGUUUGGCGAUCUUUCUGCAACCCACAGUUGUUGGCCGGUGAUGCUCGUGGUUUAUAAUUUUCCCCCUCAGAUGUGUAUGCAAGCCAAAAACAUUAUUCUGAGCAUGCUAAUUCCAGGAAAAAAGCAACCAGGUAAUGACAUCGAUGUAUAUUUGCAGCCAUUGAUUGAUGAUCUAGGAGCAACGCGUGAAGGGAAGGCAGCAUGCCCUAUUUGUGGUGAUAAUACACUUAGCAACUGGUUAACGUUUAGUCGUAAAACUGUAUACAUGAAUCAUAGGAGAUUCGUUCGUCAUAAUCAUCCUCUUCGACAGAAAUUUAAUGGAGAAAUUGAGAGGAGGGAAAAACCACCUGUUAUGUCUGGUGCUACGAUAUUUGAACAUCAAAGCACUAUUGUGAAUGAUUUUGGGAAAGCAAAGAAGAACGAGGAGGAGAAAAGGGAAGAAAAAGAGGGAAAGAAGAAUAAGAAGAAGAAGAAGAAGAAGAUGACAAAGGAAAAGGGUCAGAGUAGUGCGGCAAAAGGUGCAAAGAAUGGUAAUUCUGAGUGUGGGAAGCGGAAAAGGUAUGAUGCGGCUAGUUCUGGUAUACCAGACGAGAAAACUCAGCUUCAGGUGUUUAAAAAACGGUCGAUAUUCUUGGACUUGGCUUACUGGAAGGAUUUGUUACUACGGCAUAAUAUUGAUGUUAUGCAUACAAAGAAAAAUGUCUGCGAGAGUGUCAUUGGUACUAUUUUGAAUAUAAAGUUUAAAACAAAAGACGGUUUAAAAUCACGUAAUGACUUGAAGAGUAUGGGAAUAAGAUCAGAAUUGCAUCCGCAAGAGAUAAAUGGAAAAACAAUCCUUCCACCAGCACCAUACAGCUUAAUCAACAAGAAUAAGGCUAUACUUUAUAAUAGGAUGAGAAAUUUAAAGGUUCCAUAUGGGUAUAGUUCGGAUCUUAGGAAGCAUUUCUCGAAAGAUGGUUGCUUAGGUGUCCUUAAGGCCCAUGAUUACCAUGUUCUUAUGCAACAAGUAUUACCUGUAUCUUUGAGGGGACUUUUACCUGAGGGGCCAAGUAAGGCGAUUUUCAGGUUGUGUUCUUAUUUUCACGAAAUAUGCCAAAGGGUAGUUCAUCUCGAAAGAUUAGUAGAACUUGAAGUAGAAGUUGAUGAGACUUUGUGUAUGCUGGAGACGUACUUCCCUCCAUCCUUUUUUGAUGUGAUGGUGCACUUGACAAUUCACCUAGCUCGAGAAGUGCGUUUAUGUGGACCUGUACAAUAUCGUUGGAUAUAUCCAUUUGAAAGGUAUAUGAAGACAUUCAAAGAAUAUGUUAAAAAUUACGCACUACCUGAAGCUUGUAUAACAGAGUGUUAUCUUGGAAUGGAAAUGCAUAUGGAUGAGUUAAAAUCUUCUCUUGGGAUGUCUAUUACCGGUGAAGACCAGUUCAUUUCCAUACGGUCGGACACAUUUGGAGAUUGGUUUAAACGAAAGGUAUAUAUGCAAAUUGAACAAGGCGAGUCAGUAUCAAACACGGUAGAGUGGUUGGCAAAAGGGCCUUUAGAAAACUGUGUGUCAUAUAAAAGAUUUCUAAUCAAUGGGUCUAGAUUUCUUACGAAGGAUGUUGAAAGAGUCACACAAAACAGUGGUGUUUCAAUUGAAUCAAAAACUUUAGUUGUAGGACAAUCAGAAACCAUCAGUUUCUACGGUGUUUUAGAAGAAAUUCUAGUGUUGGACUACAUUACUCUUCAAGUUCCCAUAUUCAAAUGUGACUGGGCUCAUACCUAUUUUGGUAUGAAGUUAGAGAAAGGAUUCACAUUAGUCAACUUAAAGCAGCAUAAAAACCAAUUUUGUAACGACCCGUUCAUUUUAGCAUCACAAGCGCGACCAGUUUUCUAUUCUCGAGAGUCAGAUACAUCUAACUGGUACGUGAUGUUGAAACCACCACCUAAGGGUUUCCAUGAAUUAGAGGAAUUCAAUGAAAAGGAUGCAAGUUGCCAACCUGUGGAUACUUCAACUCUUGUCUUACAAAUAGAUGGCGAGAGUGAGAGUUACGCAAGAGAAGAUGCUGAACCUAUUGUAGUGGUUCCGACAAAGAAGAAGAACAAGAGGAAGAAGAAAAAGAAGUUCACAAGUUAG